AAUUAUUUAUUACAUAAUUUUACUAGGAUAACUAUAUGCUGAGAUUAAUCGUUUAUUAACUCUAUUACAGACAUGUCAGAACAUGUUGAACUACAUCAUUUACUUGAUGGUGAUAUUGAAAAUAAUACAACAAUACAGCAAAAACGAUUUUCAAUCCUAAUGUGUAAAUCAUGUCCUUCUCUUGGUUUAAUCUUGGCAACAUUAUCAUCAUUAUUUUUUUCGUUAUGCAGUGUCAUUGUGAAAGGUUUGGUAGAAGUAAAUCCAAUGGAAUUGGCAGCAUUCCGAUUUGUGGGGGUAUUAUUACCAGCGAUACCUAUUGUAAUAUAUAAAGGCGAACAUCCAUUUCCAAAGGGACGUAGAUUAAUGCUAAUAUUAAGAAGUUUUGUGGGUACCACUGGCCUCAUGUUAAGCUUCUAUGCAUUUCGACAUAUGCCACUAGCUGAUGCAUCUGUUGUAGUAUUUUCUGUUCCUGUAUUUGUAGCAAUAUUUGCAAGAAUAUUCUUAAAAGAGCCUUGUGGUUUAUUUAAUGUUAUUACUGUCUGUUUAACAUUGGUUGGUGUAAUCUUAAUAACACGUCCACCACUUAUCUUUGGACAUACUGUAGAAUCACUUUCAGAUGGACACACAAAAACACAACAUGCAGAUUUAUGGGGUGCUGUAGCAGCUUUCUCGGCAACUCUUUUUGGUGCAAAUGCAUAUGUUUUAUUACGAGCUUUGAAAGGCCUUCAUUUCUCCGUAAUUAUGACAAAUUUUGGAUCAUUUGCCUUGAUUCAGACAAUAGUUAUAUCUUGGGCUAUAGGUGCAUUGUGCUUACCUCGGUGUGGAACUGACAGACUUUUGGUUGUGGCACUUGCUCUCUUUAGUUUUGGGGGACAAAUACUAUUAACAUUAGCUUUACAAAUGGAACAAGCAGGACCAGUUGCAAUAGCAAGAUCAGCAGAUAUAGUUUUUGCCUUUUUUUGGCAAGUUUUAUUUUUUAACGAAAUUCCAAAUCCUUAUUCAGUAGGAGGAGCAAUUGUAGUUACAAGUUCAGUUUUAUUAACUGGACUAAGGAAAUGGGCUCUUUCAUUACCAGAAACAUCUAAUGUUAAAAAAUCUUUAGGUAUUUUGGUAAUGUGA